AUGCUGUGGAUGAAGUGGAAGAUGGUGGUGGACUCCCUGCGUGGACGGAGAAGGAGACUGCCCUGUUUCCUCUGGUUCCUCCUGCUGUUCGCGGUUGGAGGUCUGGUUCUCUUCAUCCACCAGCAGGAUCUGUCGGACAUGGUCCAGCAACAAGUCCCAGGCAUGAUGCUUGGAAGCACUCCACGGCAGUCCAGAGAGACUCUUUCUACUCAGGAGAGAGAGAUAAGUAAAUCUGACAACCAUCCAGCAACAGAAGGCGUCUUGUCCAGCCUGGUUCCUCCAAUGCAGUUCCCACACUUUGAGAGUAACCGACAGACAGCAACCCCUGGGUCUCCAGAACAGGACAUAGACCCCCAUCAUGUCUCCAAAAGACAGCGCAAGCUGCUGAAAACAAGUCCCCAGAUCAGUCACACCUCCAAUAAUGUUUCCUCAUCCUUCAAAUCUUCCACCUCAGGCUCUUUUUGCCAUGAGAGCUGGAUAAGGCUUGUCAAACAAUUGGAGGAUCGCAAGAAACUGAUGAAGGAAAUAUGUGCUAAGUACAAAAGCAGCAUCUCCAAGACCAUCACACGGCAUCAUGUGAAAUACCUCUUUGUGGUGGACAAGUACAAGUUGUUGUACUGCCAGGUGCCCAAGGCUGGCUGUUCCAACUGGAAGAGGACUCUGAUGGUGCUUGCAGGCCAGGCCUACAACACUCAGAGUAUUAAACAUGAUACAGUCCACUAUGACCACCGCCUCAAGAAGCUCGACAGCUUUGACCAAAAGGGUAUCAUGCACCGACUGAAAACAUAUACCAAAGUCAUGUUUGUCCGAGAACCGUUGGAGAGGAUGGUGUCGGCUUAUAGGGACAAGUUUGGAAAUCCUAACAACUACUACCACUCACUCUUUGGGAAACCCAUCAUCUCCAAGUACAGGGCCAACGCGUCCUUGGAAGCACUAAGGACGGGCAAUGGGGUCACAUUCAAGGAGUUUGUCCAGUACCUUCUGGACGUCCACAGGCCCGUCGGAAUGGACAUCCACUGGGAGCAGGCCAACUCGCUUUGCAACCCUUGUCUCAUAGACUACGACUUCAUCGGAAAGUUUGAGACCAUGUAUGAGGAGUCCGACUUUUUCCUGCGAUUGAUCGGGGCACCACAGAACCUCACUCUGCCUAGUUUUAAAGACAGGAACCCAACUGAGACGAGGACCUCUACGCAGGUAGCACAAAAUUACUUCUCAGAGGUCAGUAUGAUGGAGAGACAGCGAAUCUAUGACUUCUACUACAUGGACUACUUGAUGUUUAACUACUCAAAGCCUUUUAAAGAUUUAUAUUGA